CCCUGACGAAGCUGAGAAACAGCAACAACUGGAGCAUUUAUUGGAAGCCUUGAAAGGUGCCAAGGAGAAUGUCAAGUCUAUUCAAAGGGACAUCAUGAGAUUGUUUAAAGAACAUAAGCAAAAUGAGACGGUGGUUAGUUUGCAUAACAAACUCAAAGAUGUUGAUUAUGACAUACAAGACUUGGAAUCAGAGAUGAAGUACAUGGAGCUGGAGAGAAAGGUGCAGGAGAUCAACAAGGUUGAAGUAGAAGAAGCUGACACUACAUACUAGCCAAUCUAGUAGAGGACUAAAGCGCUUGAUUCCGUUUCGUCUACCAAACUUCCUCAUCAAGUGAGAAAAAACGUCGCCUCCUGACAUCAUCACAAUUCUCAAGUCUGUCAACAGAUGAUGAGAUUGUGAGAAAGGUUACUAGUAUUACGAAACAAAUAAAUAGCAUUGAAUUAAAGUUGGCGGCUCAAAUCAAGUUGGAAGAAUGGUUUGACAGGAUCAAGUUGAAUGGGGUUUACGAUCCACGGGAACAGCAUCACUUCACCCAAAACAAACGUGUCACCACGUCAUCUACAAAUGAAAGGGAGAUAUAUGGUCGAAAGGAUGAGAUACAAAGGUUGAUUGAGUUUCUCAAAAGGCCAAAUAUCAAUGAUAAUAUUGUUUCUGUUACACCAAUAGUUGGGAUGGGUGGUAUCGGCAAGACUACUUUGGCUCAAUUUGUCUUCAACCAUAUAGAAAUCGAAGAUCAUUUCGACAUUAAAGCGUGGAUAUGGGUAUCAGAUCACUUUGAUAGAUUCAGAAUCAUCAAACAAAUCGUUGAUUCAUUUUGCAUUGGCAAUGCUAUUAGCUCAACUGUUCCAUGUGGUAACACCAAUAGCUUGGAUCUUCUUGAGAGAGAACUCAGAAGGCAUUUAACAGGGAAGAAAAUCUUACUAGUGCUAGAUGAUAUUUGGUCUGAUGAGUGGCAACGACUCCUUACCCCUCUCCAGUCUGCACAAGCACAGGCUGUCAAAAUCAUUGUAACUUGCAGAGAACCUAUGGUUCUUAGAAACAAAGACAAAGAAAAUCAAAUUAACUUGGGAGGUAUAGAUGGUGGAGAGUACUGGUCACUUUUUCUGAGUUGUGCCUUUGGUGGAAACAAUCCUAUCAAUUAUUCCCAAAAACUACAUGAUAUAGGAAAGCACAUAGUGGAAAAGCUGAUGGGAUCACCAUUAGCAGCGAAGACAGUAGGAAAGCUCCUAGGAUGUUGUCUAACUGAGGAGCAUUGGAAUGAUGUAUUGGAAAAUGAUUUGUGGAAAUUAAAAACUGAUGCACAUGAUAUUAUGCCUGCACUUGCAUUGAGUUACUAUCAUCUACCUCUGCAUCUUCAGCUAUGCUUUGCUUUUUGUUCGGUGCUCCCUAAGCAUGGUCAUGUCUAUGAAACAGAUGAAGUGAUUUGCAUGUGGAUAGCCAAUGGGUAUGUACCUGAAAGCGGAAGAAGUUCAAAGACAAUGAAUGAUAUAGGAAAAGAAUAUUAUCAUGAACUGCAAGAGAUGGGCUUCUUCGAUGCAGAUUCUAUAUUUGUCACAAUGCAUGACUUAAUGCAUGAUUUGGCCGGAUUAGUUUCUCAUGGAGAGACUUGUAUUUAUGAGAGUGACAGUGAUAAACAAAUCUCCGAAAAUGUUCGUCACUUGCAGGCAAAUGAAAGUUAUCUUGGGUUGGUACAUGGAACUAAUAACUUACGCACCCUGAUAUUAUAUGGAACUAAUGGCAUUCCUACCUUCCCCAUCCAUGGAGCAUUCAACAAAAUCCGAGUGCUAAUGAUCUAUGACAAUAUUAUGGAAGAAUUCCCAGAUGCUAUUCCUCAUUUGAAGCACUUGCAGUAUUUGACUUUGUGGGAAAAAUAAAAUAAAAUCAAUACCAGAUUCACUAUGUGAGCUUUAUCAGUUAAGAGUGUUGAAAUUGAUGCCUCCACAGACCCUACCAAGUCAAUUCCACAGUCUCAUAAAUCUUGAAAUAUUGCGCUUGACUAUGAAAUAUUAUCCAGAGAAACUAGAAUAUCAUGUGAAUAAAGAAAGAGGCUUCACGGUUGGGCAAUUGAGGAAUAUGAAUCAACUUAGAGGAGACCUUUCAAUUUUAGGCUUGGAGGACAUUGACAACAAGGAAGAAGCCAUGAAAGCCAAAUUGAAGGAAAAACGUCAUCUCAAGCACUUGUGUUUAUGUUGGAACAAUACGGUGCAUGGUUGCGAGCAAAGUGACGUUCAAGAAGAAGUAAUUGAAGGCCUUGAACCUCAUCCAAACUUAGAAGGACUAGAGAUUAAAGGAUACAUGGGCUUCAAAAUACCAAGUUGGCUUAUGAAAUUACAUAAACUAAAAAGAAUAUACUUGAGCAAUUGCAGAAACCUGCCUUGUCUGCCUGCAGCAGUUGGGUUGUUACAUUCCCUUGAGGAACUACGCUUGUUUGACAUUGAGAACUUAGCAAUUGAGUGUAAACCCUGCGAUUAUUCUGAGACUGAGAUAUUCCCAUCCCUGCAGCUGCUUUCAUUGAAUAAAAUAACAGUAUCAUUUACAGGCAUGCCAAUAUCAUCAUCAUCAUCAUCAUCAUCAUCAUCUUUAGCAGCGCCAAGGCAACGCAAGUUAUUUCCUCGUCUUCAGAACCUCACUGUGGAGAAAUGUAAUGGAGUGAAUGAAUUUCCUUGGCCCAUAUAUUCCACUCUAAAGGAGCUAAACAUAAGAAAUAGUCCAGACCUAGAUGACCAAUUGCCAGAAUGCCUCCAUAACCUCUCUUCUCUUACUAGAUUAGGAUUGAGAGGGGCAAAGAUUAUAACCUUUGCUACAGAGAUGAUGGCCACACUGCUUGCACUUGAGGAGUUAUUACUUAUAGAUUGCAAUGAGCUUUCAUCAGUGGAGGGUUUACAAGCCCUUCCCUCCUUGAGAUAUUUGACUAUUUCUAACUGCCCCAAAUUCAGAUCCUGGUGUAUGGAGGAGAUGCCAACGCUGUGUGAGAUACAUAUAAAUUCUUGCCAAGAUCUGGCGUCUCUGCCUGCUUGGUUGCAUCGUCUUCUUUUACUGAAGCGAUUGAAUAUUGUUUUUUGUUCAAAGUUCGAUUCACUACCGGAGGGUGGCCUCCCCUCCUCACUUAAAACAUUGGAAAUCAUAGAAUGCGACCCAGGCUUAAUGGAACGGUGCCAACAAGAGCGGUCUCCAGAAUGGCUAAUGAUUCAGCACAUCCCUCAAAAGUAUUUCUCGUAUUGAAAAUACCUUGAGUGGCUUCAUUUUGAGAAUAAUCAUCUCUAGAGCAGAAUUCAAGUUUUCUCCAACAAGUGUUCAUACCUGGCUUUCUUCAACCUGCUGCUCAGACUUGAAUUAAUAUCUUUAAUUCUCAAUCAUUGUUUGAGAGAUUGAAUGCAAAUGUUAUUGCAUCACCACUGAUCAGCUGGAGCAUUUAAGAUUUCAUAACACAAAUCUGAGAAUAAAUGUGGACGAACUUUUCAUGAUUGUCUUAUUAUUAGUGUUUAGUCGCUCUUUCUAAUUUGUGUUUAUUCUGUUGCUAAUCUCAAUAAGGUGUUGAUCAUGUUUCAAUAAACCUUAAUUUCACCAAACUAGAGGCAGUUGUUCAGAGCAGAACAAAGGUGUGUAUUUGUUUUGUACUCUUUAUUACCUCUAUUUGUCGGAUUUGCUGUAAGUUCUCACUAUAAUAAAAGUUUUUUAUUGUGA